CAAAAACCCCACCAUUGAGAUCAAUCCGCACGGAAGUUCCCUCAACAACAGAAUUUGUCCCAACGGCCCCCGCAGGAACUUAUUCGUGAGAAACAGAGCGUGGGAACUCAAUGGACGAUAUCUUGAAUGAUUUACCGCUUCCUUUUGAAGACAGAACACUAAUCUGACCUCAAUUACCCUCUUUUUGCUUAAACUUGUUGAAAUCUUGACCUCAUUUUUUAUAUCCUUUUAUAUUUUUAUAUCUUUUUUUGAAACUCGGCUUCUGCUUUCAAAAUCGAUAUCUUUUAAUCCCCUUUUCUACUGAGUUCCUGACUUCACAUUUCCACUGAGAAACCCGCGCUAUGCCUGGUGAAAGGGUGACCCUGAAUCCACCAGGGGCGGUUGCCAAAGACGAGCCCGCGCCUAUCGGCGGAGAUGGUGGUAGCGGGAGGGGUUUGGUGGUGAGAAGACCUCAAAGAAUUCUGACGGGCAGCGAGUUGUUCGCGAAGAAGUAUCGGACCGAGGUCGCGGCGAGUGCCAGCAGCUGUGUUUCCACUUUUAUCGCCUUUCCCCUCGAUUCGAUAAAGACCCGGAUGCAAGCGUACAAGUUUCGAAGUUUCUGGGACUGCGUCACUCAAACCCAAAAGACUGAAGGAACAAGAGGUUUUUGGCGUGGAAGUCUUGCACCUUUGGCCUCCGUGACGCUUGUUCGGACGGUAUCAUUUUCAAUAUAUUCUAAAUCUAAAGUUACGCUUUCCGGAAUCCUCCAACCGGUUUUCGGCAAGAAUGCGAUUUCUCCUCCAAACACUCCUUACAAGCCACUCAAUCCGUUAUACUGGUUUGUGAGUGGGGCCGUCGCUGGUGGAGCAAUCACCGUUAUUGCAUGUCCAUUUGAAUUCACAAAGUUAUCAUCGCAGAUUGAGUUGUUAAUGGCCCGGUCACGGAUGGUGGGUGUGGAUGAUCCUAGCCAUAUCACCAGAUACCAGCCGAAGGGAACUUUCCAGAGCGCCAAAAGUAUUGUCCAAAACCGGGGUAUUUGGGGGUUGUAUUCCGGAUUUCAUCUACAUUUUAUCCGCGACACACUUGGCACAGCUAUGUACUUCAGCUUCUAUGAGAGCGGGAAGCAGUUAUUUGCCUCUUCGAGUGGUGCUGGACCACUGGCUAUUGCAACUUCUGGGGGCUUAUGCGGUCUCCUCAGCUGGGUUCUAGUAUAUCCAAUCGACUCUGCGAAGUCAAUAUACCAAAGAGACGUCCUUACCCAUCGACCAGGAGAGGCUCUUCCUAAAAGACCUUUCCGCUUUUUUAAUAGGAGAAUGUAUCGAGGGCUUGGUGUUUCUAUGGCUCGGACUUGCAUUGUAAAUUCGGUAUUCUGGAGCACUUAUGAACUCAUAAAACGAAAGGUCGACUCGAUCACUUAGAAGACCAUACACUUGAGGAAUGGAUAGGGGUCUUGUCCCCUCUUUUCUCUCUUUUAUAUUUAUUUUUUUAUUAUCCGAGAAGGUGUUUUUAGGGGCAGUAUUUUUUAUUUUCCAUCUCCAAGUAUUUUCCUAAGUUUUUCAACUUCCUCUCUCCCCCACUUUCUUCUUCUCGGAAGGUUAUUUCCGUUUCUUGGGCGGUUAGUUGGAUUAACAUGGAGAAACCGAGUGCAGUGGUUUCACCUCACUUCACUACACUACAGGGGUAUAUUGUCCGUAUAUCACGCCGUGGUUCUUUUUUGGAUCCUGCUCUGGGUGGCAUUGUAUCAUUUCUCUAGUUUGGCGUUCAUGGUCUGAGAGCUAGUGUUUUUCCUGGGAAUUGGUUGGAAUUUUCAUCUCUUUCAUGGUCAGGUCAGGUUGACUGGGAAGGGGGGUUUUGUGCGCUUUUCGCACGCUUCCUGUGUAUAAUAUAUCAUGUAGCUAGUGGCAUCAUUCCGAUGGAAUACAGGUGCCCUGUGCGGGGGGAGGUAAUCGAUGCCCGGUAUCUUCUCUUA